GGGGCGUGGCCUGGGACUCCCCCGAGGGGAGGGCGCCGUCUGUCCUUGGGCAGAGAGGGGAGGUGACUCCGGCCGAAGAGGAGGACACAGGAUGAGGGCCCUGCGGGUCUCCCAGGCGCUGGUCCGCUCCUUUAGCUCAACCGCCCGGAACCGCUUGGAGAACCGAGUAGCUGAGAAACAGAAACUCUUCCAGGAGGACAAUGGUCUCCCGGUGCACUUGAAGGGCGGUGCAACAGACAACAUCCUGUAUCGAGUGACGAUGACUCUGUGUCUGGGGGGCACUCUCUACAGCCUGUACUGCCUUGGCUGGGCCUCCUUCCCUCACAAGAAGUGAAACCAAGAAGUCUGCAGGACCUGAACAGGCAUCAAUAAAUGUGCUGGUUUCCUGGGGAACCCAGCCCAGCUCCAUGCUCCCUA